UGUCUCCACCCGGCACAUACACAAAACAUCCCCUGGCUUGCCCUGGCCGUGAAAGUAUCUCCCUGGGGGCACACUGAAGUCGCAGCAGACACCGUCAGCCUUGCGGUGGAGUGCCCUUGCCUCUCUUGCACAAGUAAAGACGCACAGCAGUAGAGAGUAGAGAGAGAUCUAUGCAUAGAAACAUCAUGCGCGUCACCUUUCGGGGAGCGGCGACUUCGGUCUUGUUGAUUUCAACGGCAAGCGGAGCGAGCCAGGUUCCCUCGCUGGGCUUCUUCGAGCAGACGCUGCUUACCACCGCCGGGCUGGACUUCGACAGCGAGGCCGCCUUUGCGUUUGCGUCCGCCUGGCAGGCCGGGGACAGGCAGGGUAGAAGCGCUCCCUAUCUCUCGUGCGUCAAGCAUGGUGAGGGCAGGCACGCCUACAGGAAGCUCGAGGGCUUCCUUGGCGCGCGCGCGGUGAGGCCUGUCUCGUCGACGGCGACUCAUGGCGCGUGCUUCAUGGUGACCGCCUCGCCAGCUGAGGCUACCCAGCUCUCGUCAUGGGAAGACUUGACUACCUUCGGGGCGUUUCCGGCUGCCCUCAAGAUUGCGCCCGGGCUCCUCGACCAUGGCAGCUGCGACGGCUCAGCAUCAGCCCGUGACGCAACAACAACAACAACCAGUGAUUGUUCUGUCGAGCGGCUGUCAACGACGCACGGCGCGUUGAUGCAGGCGGACAGCGCCCACGGUCUCAUGGUCGAGCUCUCGCCGGGGACUCUGCCCUCGCACGGUGGUGGCGAUGGCAACGAAGCGAAGGCUGAUGAAUUCAUCCAAGAGUUGCUCAACAGCCUGUCUUCGCCCUCGCUGGAUCUUCACGCCAUGACCUGUUGGUCUGAUCUUGUCAUGAAGGGCGGUGACCACCUCUUCAGCGCGGCGGGGGCCCUCCGCGGGCGCGAGUGGAGCAGGGCGGCCACACUGGUGAACGAGCGGAGCGAGUCGGAGCUGGAGACUCCGAGCCAAGUGUGCGGGUGGGAGCAAGUUGUUGUCCAUCAUGCUGCGAACGACGUGCUGCUCGUGGCUGAUACCUUCUGGUUUGGGUAA